AGCUUGGGACGUACAUACUUGAGCACGGCUUACUGGAUCGAGUACGCCAGAGGAGUGACAGCGAGUAUGUCGUUGCUACGCUGUGCGCUCGGUAUGCUGUUGCUGCUUGUCACCUUCCUCCUAACGCACUCGCUUCGGUGCGAUGGCAGCUCCAGCUGGGGGAUCCAGACGUGGUGCGGCAACAGGACCUCAUGCGGGCAGAUGCUGUUGCUGUUGCGUUGUACCAGACUAUCGCUCGUCUGCAACAGGAGCAAGCACAACAGCGAGGGCAUCUGCCGAGCGCUGGUGUGCAGCGUACAGUCGCAGGAGGAGGUAGCUCGGGGCAGGCGGGUUUGUGCGGUACGGCUGCGGGGGUCGGCGGAGGCUCCAGGCUAGGGGCCUCGGCUGCGGCUGGCUUGGGCCUCGGUCUUUGGGCGCCGCUGCCUGGUUGGGGCUUGGGCCUAGCGGCUCUGGCGGGGACGGUGGGACUCCCGGUGGGCUUCGGCCUAGCGGCUCCGGUGGGGACGGUGGGACUCCCCGCCGCGGCGCAGCCUGGUUGGGGCUUGGGCCUAGCGGCUCCGGCGGGGACGGUGGGACUCCCCGCCGCGGCGCAGCCUGGUUGGGGCUUGGGCCUAGCGGCUCCGGCGGGGACGGUGGGACUCCCGGCGGGCUUCGGCCUGCUUCGGUGGGAAUUCCCGCAGUGGCGCCAGCAGCGGCAGCAGCAGCGCCGGCGGCAGCAGUGGGAGGGCUGGGAUUGGGGCAUGGGCGUUCCACUGCGCUGCAUGUACAGCAGAACGACCUUUUGGGUGCACCAGCAGCGGCAUCGGCUGCAGCCAGGCAGGCGCGCAGACGUGACAAUGCAGCGUGUAGGCUUCAGCGGAGGCAACUGAUGGCAGCAGCUAGGCAAGCUUGCCAGCGUAAGCGUUCUUGCCAGACUCCGUAUACAAAAGCGCAAGACCAAUUGGCACAGCCACUUCUGUCUCACUCACGGUUCUCUCUGGGGUCCAAUGGCACUGUCACACCGUCCGUACAAGCCCGCGGAUCCUUGGCGCUUUCUGCCCGCCAGCACAACGUGACUACCUAACCACUCCCUCUUUCUACACAAUAAACUACAUAAUCAGACGCUUCCUCCCCGUUUUAAUCAAUCGCUUCCCCCCAUUCUUACACGCCCCGCUAUACCGCAACACCUUACCAUCCGCUAACAGCACCCGGCCAUGUUCUACGGCGUUUACACCGCCGUGGUGGGCAUGGCCCUCCACCUGCUCUUCCUCACUCUAACCAUCGCAUACACCGUCGCGGACUAUGCCUUCUUUAGGUGGCUCCGCGCGCUGGAGCCCAACCUCAACCGCCACCUGGAGGACAAGGUCAAGGACGAUCUGCUCAUUCGCGCAAGCGCUCCCGAGCACCGCCUACGCGCACCGCUCUUCCCCUUGAGCACCGCCAUAGAGCAACAGCGCCUCAUCGCCAACUAUACGCAUAUCGCAACUGCCUUCGCCGCUCUCCGUCACUACGUUCUCCGCGCACCUGCAAACACACCCGCACCCCAACAAUUCGCCAACAACCGCAACGUGGUCAACCCCCGCGACGUGGAAGGCCGCCUCGGCUGCCUGACCAAUGGCCUCAUCCCCACGCUGCUGCGAGCGUUCCCUGCCACCCUCGCGCUUGCAGGAAGCGCCGCGCUCUAUGCAGUCCUCCAGAUCCCCCUGGAAGCCAUCACCCCCAACCUCGUACACGACUACGACAUCUACGUCAUUGCUCCCACCGCAGCCGCUGGCUUCACGAUCCUUCGCAACGCCAUCCACCUCCUCACCAUGCUGCAAGACGUCCAUAUCCUGCGCAUCAUCGACACCGAGCGCGCCACGACCGUCGUGUGCGACGUCACCAUUGGCAACCGCACCACCCACCAACGCGUUCAAUUCAACAAGCGCGUCGCCCAACACAAGCAUGCCAUCGUCACAGCCUAUGACCUCUCCGUAGUCAUGCUUGCCGUCCUCCUCGACGACCCGGCAGACCCGGACCUCAACACGUACUGCCACACCCUCUGGUUCUACUCGCUAAUUGUCGGCGCCGCCAUUUCCAUCCCCAGCCAAUUCUCCCUCCGCCGGGCGUCUAAGUACCACGCCCGCGGCUUUCCCCUAUGGAUCACCCGCUACCACCCGGUGGUAUACCUCUCCAACGGCCGCAUCCAGUGCCCGCCUACCGAGCUCGCAUCGGCGGGCGGCAACCUCUUCGUCAUCGCCUACGACGACUUCGCCGCCUUCAUGCGGUGCACGGGCGCGCAGCUCCGCUCCCUGGUCAGCCGCGCCACCAGCAUGGCGUCCACUGAAUGGCGUGACCCCGGCAGCACACUCUCCGCCACCGAAUGGAGCCGCCUGCACCCGCACCUGCACCGCGCCCAGCUGGACGACGAUGCCCACGUGCUCCACACCAAGUGGAACCCCGCCGCCAUCCCGUGGAUGGGCGAGCGCCGCAACGCCCACUGAGGGGCCGACGUUUUGCUUUGCGGCGUAACGGUACACUUGCGCAGCACUGGGUUUGGUUGGUGUCCGUUUUGCUAAGGGUUACACGGCUGGUUAUAUGGCACUAACUAGACUGUUUGACACCAUGCCGAGCUGUUCAGUUGUUGUUGAAAGGGGCCGACGUCUUGCUUUGCGGCGUAACGGUAACGUCCACUAGAUAACGACCUGCUGUACUUUUAGCAGGAUAGAUCCGACGGCUGGUUACGCAGCACUGGGUUUGGUUGGUGUCCGUUUUGCUAGGGGUUACACGGCUGGUCACAUGGCACUAACUAAACUGUUUGGCACCAUGCCGAACUGUUCAGUCGUUGUUGAAAGGGACCGACGUUUUGCUUUGCGGCGUAACGGUAACGUCCACUAGAUAACGACCUGAUGUACUUUUAGCAUGAUAGAUCCGACGGCUGGUUGCACGGCACUGGGUUUGGUUGGUGUCCGUUUUGCUAGGGGUUACACUGCUGGUCACAUGGCACUAACUAGACUGUUUGUGGCACCAUACCAAGCUGUUCAGUUGUUGUUGACUUGUUGCCAGUUGCCAAAAGACUGGCGACAAUUGAACCAGGUUGUACGCUUGGCAGAGAAUACCUGCCGGCCGAUUGUACGGAGAUUGACUCCUUGUACAUAACUCGCUUCCCUUGCCGAGCUACGGG